GAAAAAUGGAGACUGCGGUGAAACUGAUUGUAUAUGCCCUGAUUGCUUUUGACGGUGCAUUCCCAGGAUCUUCUGCCCAACAAACCUCAUCUAACACAGCAGAUCCUCUCAAAUGGUACACCACAACAAGAUACCCAACGAUAUCCAGAUCAUGCUAUGGCAGGUGCCAUGGUUAUGCUCAAAACUGCUCUUGCAGUUCCAGUUGUGCUUAUUAUGGUAACUGCUGUGCUGACUUCUGUAACUACUGUUCCUAUGUGAAUAGCGGUUAUUGCUACUCGACCCCCUUUCCAACAACACCACCAGCUGCAGGUUCCUGUGGAGGUUACCUAGAAGGACCUUAUGGAUCAUUCUCAAGCCCUAACUACCCCUACAAUUACCCAAAUGGAGCCUACUGUACAUGGCACAUAAGGGUUGAAAGAAAUGAUAAAAUAUACUUGACAUUCCUUGAAAUACAAAUGGAAGCAUGCGGUAAUUGUAACUGUGAUUCAAUUUCAAUAUAUGAUGGACCUUCAACCAACUACCGUCGCAUUGGGUUUAUUUGUCGUAAUAAUACAACUGAAUUUGAAUCAUCUUCAAACACUAUGACAGUGGUGUUCAGAACAGAUGGGUCUGUCACAGCUACUGGGUUUUAUGCCCAAUACAACACUGUACAUCAAAACCGAGCAAACAUCCAGUGCAGUUCUGUCUCCAUGGAAGUGACUUUGCAGAGGUCUUACAUCGAGUCCCUGGGCUACAAUGCCAGUGAAUUAUACCUGAAUGAUCCAAACUGCAGACCGCAAACCACGGGCUCUCAGGUUCUGUUCAGAAUACCACUGAAUCACUGUGGAACGUUCCGGGAGGUAAACAGCGGAAGCAUUGCCUAUUACAAUAACAUCAGAGCUUAUAGUUCUGGAGGAGUGAUCACCCGCCAAACCAACCUGCAGCUUCGUGUGGGCUGCAAAAUGGAACAGAACACAACAGUGCAGAUCGUGUACAUGGCGAAGGAAGAGGUGACUGCCAACGAAACCAGCUGGGGCCGAUACAGCAUCAGCAUGGCAUUCUACACGUCAGAUUCCUUCUGGAGACCUGUUCAUGAAUGGCCAUAUUAUGUGGAUUUGAACCAAGACCUUUUCGUGCAAGUGCAGCUAAACAGCUCGGAUCCGGACCUCGUUGUGUUUGUGGAUACCUGCGUGGCCUCCCCUUCUUCACAUGACUUUGUGUCAAAGACCCACGACUUAAUUAGAAAUGGGUGUGUGAGAGAUGGCACGUACUCUUCCUAUUACUCUAAUGCUAGCAACACUUCGCGAUUCAAAUUCAGUGCCUUCAAGUUUCUGCGCAGCCACCCUUCAGUGUACCUGCAGUGUAGAAUUGUAGUGUGCCAGGUCUACGAUUAUUCAGCUCGCUGCUACAGAGGCUGCUUGCCCAGAAGCAAGAGGGAUCUGAGCCUGCCCGAAAGGAAAACUGAAGUUGUGGUGGGACCCAUCCAACUGAGGCGGGGGGAUACUCCUGGAGACCAGAUGAAAGCCAGUGAAAAGGCUCCUGCGAAAGCUCCCACAUAAAGGUCCAAGCAGUUAUUUCUCUGAAUCUACAGCUGCAGCUUUUACAGUUACCGGCACUAUAUAUCAAACCUAUUUAUUCCUUAACUCACUCU